AUGACCACCUUAAACGACACUGGUGUUAGUCAUACAGUCUUCCGUUUACUGGGCAUCCCUGGCCUAGAAGACCAGCAUAUGUGGAUUUCCAUCCCCUUCUUCAUUUCCUAUGUUACCGCCUUGCUUGGGAACGGCCUGCUUAUCUUCAUCAUCCUGUCAAAGCGCAGCCUCCAUGAGCCCAUGUACCUCUUCCUCUGCAUGCUGGCCGGGUCAGACAUUGUUCUCUCCACAUGCAUAGUACCACAAGCUUUGGCCAUUUUUUGGUUCCAUGCUGGGGAGAUCUCCCUGGAUCGUUGUAUUACUCAGGUAUUCUUCCUCUCUUCCAUUUUUAUCUGUGAGUCAGGGAUUUUGAUGGCGAUGGCAUUUGACCGCUACAUUGCCAUUUGUUACCCACUGAGUUACACCACUAUACUUAGACUUUCACUUGUUGGGAAAAUUGGUGUGGUUGUAUUUCUGAGAAGUUAUGGCACAGUUUUUCCCAUAAUAUUUCUUCUGAGAAGAUUGACUUUCUGCAAAAACAACAUUCUCCCAAACACUGCCUGUAAGCACAUUGUCUUGGCCCAUGUUUCCUGUGAUGACAUCCGAGUAAACAUCUGGUAUGGGGUUUUUGUCCUUCUGUCAACCAUUGUCUUGGAUGUUUUGCUAAUUUUUAUUUCUUAUGUGCUGAUUCUUCGCACUGUCUUCCGCAUCCCUUCCCAAGAUGCUCGCCACAAAGCUCUCAAUACAUGUGGCUCCCAUGUCUGUGUCAUUAUCCUCUUUUAUGGGCCUGGCAUCUUCUCAGUGCUCACGCAGCGGUUUGGACAUCACAUCUUACCCUAUAUUCAUGUCCUGCUGGCCAAUGUCUAUAUUUUGGUUCCGCCUAUGCUAAACCCCAUCAUUUACGGGAUCAAGACCAAGCAGAUCCGGGAUCAGGUGAUUCGUGUAUUCUUUACAAAGCAGAAAUGA